CAAAUGGAAAUAAAAGUAUUAUCUGAGUUUUUUUCGCCACCCACCCUAACGGAUUCAUCCCUACUAACUAGCAGAAGCGACACUGGAAGCCAGUUUACUAUGCUCCCGCCUGCCCUCACCGUCGUUAACAGAACUGCCUCCCGCUAGCACAGCAGGCUGGAGGCUGGUGCGACACCGUGUCCGAGCUAGCUUGCUAGUUGGCUAGCUAGCACACGGUGUCGCUCCCGCCUGCUGUGUACCGGUGUCAUCCUGGCUAAGCUAGCACACAGUGUCCAUUACUCCCACCUGCCGAACACCUGCCACCAUCGUCAUUAACAGAACCGCAGGAAAACAGUGCCCGACAGGCGGGGGCUAAGGACAACAUGUACGGUUAGCUAGUUGUUGUCACCCCGCCCCUUCUGUGGGAUUUUGUCGGUGGCUGGCAUCCAAUAUUAUUAUUAGCCGCAGGAAGUAGGGAGCGCCCCCUGAUAAAUCACAAUCAUAUUAUAACAAUAUAUUUUUAGAAUAUUUUCAUUUCCCGACCAAAUUAGUGAACUAGGCCUGUAUUACUCCUGUUUGAGUGGAGGGGAGUGACAAUAUGCAGGAACGCCCCAAUUGCGGGCAGUAAUUUCACCCUUCUUGUUAGAGUGGGAGAGCAGAAAGGCUCUGGACAGGGUGAGAGGAAAGCCCCUCCCCGCUGAUUGUAGCCUACGACGCGAUGGUGCUUUAAUGUCAUUGUUUGAGUCGAGCUGCGCCCCGCUUGCAUCCGCUGGGAUCAAACAACCCCGACAGCGAGAUCCCUUUUUGUCAUAGAAAUCAGACACUGCCUCUCAGUCACACGUGGGCUUCAGAAAUUGUAAAAAGUUGAACAUCCAGCCAGUACUUGUAAUACAGAACGGAUCAAGGAGAUGCUGAGGACAAUCUUAACAGUGUACGACAGGACUCUCUCCACGUAUCACUCUCAUCGGCAGUAGGAUUCAUAUAUUUGUAUAUAGCUGGUGUGCGCAGUCAAUGCUCUGUAGCCUAAAGCAUAUGCAUAACUUUUGUCACGCUUAGAAAAGUAGGCAAUACGGGCGAGUUUGUUCUUCGUUUGAAAUGGCAAUCAAGUCCAGUUCCGUGAGUGUCGCUCUGUAGAGUUUUUUGUUUUGAAUGAAUAAAAACUAUAUCACUGUUCUGGUUUCACAUAGCAUAUUUGUAAAAAAUGCGGGUUUUGGCACCACUAAUUGUUUUCUUUGCGCUGCUCUGUUCAAUCUCUGGGCGCGCGUCCGGAUGCCCUCUCCGUUGCGAAUGCUCAGAAGCCGCGCACACCGUCAAGUGUGUUUCCAAAUAUUUGCGGAGUGUCCCGUCCGGGAUACCAGGGUACACGAGGAAUCUGUUUAUAACGGGUAAUCAGAUAAGCAGAAUUGGACCAGAAUCGUUCAAAGGGCUGGACAAUUUAACCACGUUGUCACUGAGUAACAACAGGAUAACAGAGGUAGAGUCUCAGACGUUUUCCGGACUGCGUUCCCUCCGCUCUCUGGACCUGAGCUCCAACCAGCUGACUGUGAUCAACCCAGAGGCCUUCACCGUUCCGGGCCACACCCUCAGGGAGCUCAACCUCAGCCGAGCUCUCUACAACCACUCCUCUGUCAUGGACCUGGCUGUGUCUCUUCGCUGGUCCACCCUGGGGGAGAUCCGGACCCUGGACCUGUCAGGGAACAGCCUGAUCUACCUGCCCUCUCACACCUUCUCCUACAUGGGGGGUCUGCGGAGGCUCAUCCUGGCCAACAACUCCCUGGUGGCCCUCCACAAUGGCACCUUCUCUGGGCUGGACUCUCUGGAGCAGCUGGAUCUGACCUUCAACGCUCUGCGGACCAUCCAGGAGGAGGGCCUGGCUGAGCUUGACUCGCUGUGUCCCGGGGCGAGACUCAUUCUAGGGGAGAACCCCUGGACCUGUAUCUGUGGCAUGGAGCCCUUCGCUGCCUGGCUCAACUCCUCCCAGGGACAUGUGGGGGACGCAGAGAGCCUGGUGUGUGCCUUCCCCCCAGGCAUGAGGAACAUCUCUCUGCUGAGGCUGGCGGCUGGGGUGGGCGGGGACAGGGUGGCGCUGGGGUGCCAAAGGGUGGAUGAGGGGGUGGACCUGGCCCUCCAUACUUCCUACGUGUUCCUGGGGAUCGUCCUGGGCUUCGUGGGACUCGUCUUCCUCUUGGUCCUCUACCUCAACCGGCAGGGCAUCAAGAAGAGGAUCAAUGACAUGCGGGAAGCAUGCACAGAGGUGUUGGAGGGAUAUCACUACCGCUACGAGCUCGAUUCCGACCCCAGGCUCUCUCAGGUCUCCACCACAGCAGACAUUUGAUGAUAUCAAGACACUCAAGGGGCUUCCAUGAUCCUUCUUUCAUAAUUGAAAACAUUGGACUUUUUUUCUAUUGCAUUUAUAGAGAAGAUAAUGUAAAAACUGUACAUAUGAAUUGUCUGUAAAUAUAAACAUACAGUAAGUAUAUAACUGGGCAUUGCUAUUGUUUUCCCAGUAGCUAUGUCCAUGAUUAAAGCAUGCACCGUCUGUCUGAUCUGAAUUCCUUCUCAACCAGUCCUCCCUUUUAGUCCACACAUCGUCUGAGACUAGGGAUUACCCCUGGCUAACAAAUAAAGGGGCAUGGACUGUGAAAGAGAACUGUUGUAUGGAUGGGGGACUGACUGACUGUUCUUCUACAUAGAUUUUCCCCUCUUAAAAGAGGUGCUUCUCUGUCUGUCCUAGAGUGAAGUGUCACGUGAAGGAGUGAAAUGACAAUUGGACAGUAUCAUUUAUGUAUGUUUUGAUUCUUGGAACUGAGAACAGAUAUGGAUGAAUAUACUUAAUUCAUGAAGCUGAAGUAAUAAAACUGAAGACUGUUCUUAUACAUUUCACCUGCUAUGACUUUACUUGAAUGUUGUUCUUUGAGGAGAGAUCUUGUAAAUGUAUAUACUAUCUCUACCAAGCUCAAGUAAAGCCAAGUUAAUCAGCCCAUAAGAUGCAGGUUGUGUGACACCAACCCCUGUGAAACUUAGGCAAAAUGGCUGUGUCUGAAAUUGCUCCAUAUUUCCUGUAUGGGCCCUAGUCAAAAGUAGUGCACUUAUAAAAGGAAUAGGGUACCAUUGGGACACAGACAAUCUCUCAUUGAGCUUUGAGGGCCAGCUCACCCCAGGACUGAGGAGCAGUUCUUUGGUCUUCUGUCCCUCUGCCCCAGGGUGCCUGAAUGGAAUCCCAGCAGAUUAGUCUCCAUAGCAUUCCAAAGGGAGGAGAACCUCUCCUCUUAGCUCUCCUAAAAUCAACUCUCUCUCUCUCUCUCUCUCUCUUACUCACUCACUCACUCACUCUCUCACUCUCUCUCUAUUCACAGAGAUGAGAUGAGUGGAAAAAGGAGGAUUGUUCAUUCAGUUCACACUGCACAGCCACAGUCAUACAGCAACGGAAAUCUCCAGUCCCUCUUUCAUGAAAAUGUGCUUUGUUUUAAGUUCUCUAGUUUUAUUGUCAAGAUGAUGAGAACCAGGACGAGCCUGGGGCUAUAGGGCUGGAACUGGAGCUGGGGCUAUAGGGUUGAUGCUGGGGCUAUAGGGCUGGGGCUAUAGGGCUGGAACUGAGGCUGGGGCUAUAGGGCUGAUGCUGGGGCUAUAGGGCCGAGGCUGAGACAGGGGCUAUAGGGCUGAGGCUGGGGCUAUAGGACUGAGGCUGGGGCUGAAGCAUGGGGGUGCAUGGGGCUGAGCCAAAAGCGAGCCCUCCUCCUCAAAGACAACAGCCGUUCCCUAAAGGAAGGAAAGCCUGGGUGGAGCUGAAGCUGUUUCUGUUCAGGGGACUUUUCAGUGAUAGGAUACAGAUGAGUCUGGAAUGCCAGCAACAGAGCAGGCAGCAGCAGUUUCAUUCAGAGGUCGAGGCCUGCUCUGCUCUUAUUAACCAGUGCAGUGAAGGAGCUGUUGUUGCCUUCCUUCUUACAACAGAAAUAUACUUAAGCAAUAAGGCCAGAGGAGUUGUGGUAUAUGGUCAAUAUACCACGACUAAGGGUUGGUCUUAGGCACAACGCAACAAAUAUAAAUUAGCAGUGGUAUAUUGGCCACAUAGCACAAACCCCGGAGGAGCCUUAUUGCUAUUAUAAACUUGUUACCAACAUAAAUAGAGCAGUAAAACAAAAUGUUUUGUCAAACCCGUGGUAUACAGUCUGAUGUACCAUGGCUUUCAGCCAAUCCAAAUUCAGGGCUCAAACCACCCAGUUUAUAGUAUUUGUUAUACACUUCAAUUAUAAUUCAUUACUCUACUGUUAUCUGUGUUUUUUUAACCAAUUUGUGAAGUGAUAGUUGAUCUAAAUGGGAUGUGUUGGGCGUACAUAUGAAGGGGGUUCUCUUUGAGAUGUGUUCCUUGUCGUGAUCUGUGAUGUUUCUGUCAUGAUGUCUAAAGUCACAGUGAGAAACCUCCACUUGGUAAUUGUUUAGCUAAUGUUUAGUCUGGUGUGUGAAAACUAGAGAGGGAGAACAAAGCAACGAAGAACACAUUUCUUAUUUCUGUCUCCAUUUGAAGUUUACAUUUUUUAUUGCAUGUUUUUUUAGUUGAAUAUAAAGCCUGGACAUUGUGUAGAAUCCUUUUAACCAAUCUUGAAAUUCUAAUAGCAUAUUUGAAUGAGGUUUAUCUUUUUAUAUAUAUUUGAAUAAAAGCCUGUGUCAGCUUG